AAAAGAAAAGGAGGACAAAAUUGUCAAAAUUUACAAUUCUCCGUUAAGAUUACAAAAAGCUCAGCCGUCGGAACUCUGCUAUUGCCGCCACGAGAGAGCAAAGAUUUGGAGCGAAGAAGAGAAAAAUGGUGGUAAGAUUACGGUUAUCGAGGUUUGGAUGCAAAAACAAACCUUCUUACAGAGUAAUGGCGGCGGAUAGUAGAUCUCCCCGAGAUGGCAAACACUUGGAAGUCCUCGGUUACUACAAUCCUCUCCCAGGUCAAGAUGGCGGCAAACGGAUGGGUCUAAAUUUUGACAGGGUGAAAUAUUGGUUAUCCGUUGGUGCACAGCCAUCAGAACCGGUUGAACGUCUUCUUUUCCGAGCAGGUGUAUUACCUCCUCCGCCUAUGCUAGCUAUGGGACAAAAAGGCGGUCCACGGGACACUCGACCAGUUGAUCCUAUGACUGGACGUGUCAUGGCACCGGAAAGUGCCAAAAUUGCUAAUCCAAAAGUUAGUUCUGAAGUUGACGGAGAUGACAAAGCUUAGAAUCCAAUUGGUUAUAUUUUAUACAACUUCUACUCGGAGAGCUAAUUUGUUCCGAUAGUGAUCUAUUGGUAUGUGAUAAUUACAGAGCUAGUGUGUGUUUGUUGCUCUGGAUUGCUGGGGUUGAAACUUGAAAUCCAAGAACAUAUCAUCGUUAAAGAUGCUCUUGUCAGUGGUCUCUAGAAACUAUGUGAUCAUGUAUCAUCCUUUGCUUUCUGAUGGUAAUAAAUGGAUGAUGUAGAAUAGCUAGUAUAGUCUGAUGAUGAAUAUCUUACAUUGAUAGUAGGAACUAGGAAUAAUAUCCAUCUUUCCAAAAGCAUGGAUGUUGUUGGAGUUAAAAAUCAUACAUGAUACUUUUUGUCCCCUGCUUGCACUGAGUGUACUGAUCUGAGCUAAAACCAUUAUAUUUCUUAGUCAGAUACAGCUUUUGAAAGUCUGGCACUAGUAUAAUGGCAAGUAUUAAAUUGUUGCUU